UGGUCGAUGGCCGACCACGGUGUUUGAAGUCGAAGAAAUUAAUUGGUGCACAUUGCAUAUUUUUAGUUUAGUAAUACAUUGAAUUAUGUUGUUUCAAAGAAAAUGAAGUAAAACUUAUGAGAUUACCGGCAGUGUAUUCAGGUUGCUUCGGAUGUCCUGAAAGAAUUGUAAGAACCAUAGCUCACGUAAUACUCUAGAAUGGAUCCAACAUGUUCUCAUUUUAAUUUUGAAGCAUAUGAAGGGGUUAAUAAUGUCUCCUUUGACACAGAAAAUAAGACUGACAGUGAAGCCUGUGUGGUUGACAAUGAAGCUACAUCUCAAGAUAAUUCCAAGCAUAAGAUAGAUGAUAUAGAGCGCCAGGACUUCGAUGAGGAGAAUAGAAUAAUAAAUCAUUGUUCUAGUAUGAUUGUGGAUGGCAAAAUAGCCGCGAGUCCACAUUACUCUGGCAACCUGUCCAGUGCGAGCUCCAGUCUGGCGUCCAGCUCGGAGACCAUAUCCGCCUUCCCAAAUAUUAUAUCCAAUGACUACAGUUUACCUGGUUGUAGCAAAACAGAAGAUUGUGAAGAUAGUAAUGCGACAAUAAAAAAUAUGAUACAUUCUCGAAAACCUGCAAGCACAGUCGAGGAGCCUCCGAGGAAAGAAGCCUACAAGCCUGACUUUAUGCAAAAACUUCUUAGUAGUGGUGUCCAAGAGAAGAAGGACUUUCCCAAAGGAAAGCUGUAUAAAGCGGAGCAGAUGGGUGAGAGUUCUUGCGACAACCAUACACCCGACGUGAGCGACCUGGAAGCGACUGGCGGGCCCUCGGGGCGCACCAGCUCCAACGCGUCCAGCAUCGGCAGCACCGGCUCGGACACCAACAAGGAGUUCACCGUGCCGUCCACCUCCAACGCCGACAAGUUGCUAGGCCUCAACGACACCAGGAAGAAUGAGCCGGGGAGCUCCAAGUCAUCUCCCUACAUGCAGCCAUUUUGCGAUGGGGAUGAUGACUCAGAUGACGACGUAAUUGAAGAAACGUGGUGUACUUGUUUAUCAUCUCAUGAGGACGACGAGGAUGACGAAGAGCCAGAAAUUGAUGAGAGACUUUGGAGAAAGAGGCGUUACGAGCCGCCCCCGCCUCAGUACGCGAAGAAGUUCUGCCCGGACGGCAGCACGAGCGCGCCGCCCGACGGCACCUGGCUGCAGGCGCUGCCGCCCUCCUCCAUACCCGCCACUCUUCAAGGACCACCUGAAAUUAAGAAUUGGCUCAACAGAUUCCAAUCGUGGUCGAAUGCCGAGAAAAUUCAAGCGAUAGACGCUCUGAUCGGGCGCUGCGCCGCGAGCCACGUGCGGCACAUGAUGAAGGCCAUCGAGCCGCUGUUCCAGCGGGACUUCAUCUCGCUGCUGCCCAAGGAGCUGGCGCUGACGGUGCUGGGCUACCUGCAGCCCAAAGACCUGAGGCGUGCCGCGCAAACUUGCCGAUACUGGAGGUUCCUUGCCGACGACAAUCUACUAUGGAAGGAGCAGUGCCGUCGCAUAGGCAUUACGACACUCAAGAAGAUGCCUCGGUCGCUGCCGCGCUGCGUCAGCCCCUGGAAAGCGGCCUACAUGCGCCAAUACCUGAUCGAGAACAACUGGCUGCACAAACCGGUCAACAACCCCAUCAUGAUGAGAGGACAUGAUGAUCACGUCAUCACUUGCUUGCAGUUCUACGGAAAUCGCAUUCUUAGCGGCAGCGACGACACUACGCUGAAAGUGUGGUCGGCUAUUACGGGAAAGUGCCUGCGCACGCUGGUGGGGCACUCGGGCGGCGUGUGGUCGUCGCAGAUGGUGGGCGACCUGGUGAUCAGCGGGUCCACGGACCGCACGCUGCGAGUGUGGGACGCCAAGACCGGCCAGUGCCAGAAGGUGCUCGCCGGGCACACCUCCACGGUGCGCUGCAUGCAUCUCUACAACAACAGGGUGGUGUCCGGGUCGCGCGACGCCACGCUGCGCGUGUGGUCCAUCCCCGAGGGCCGCUGUCUGCGCGUGCUGGUGGGGCACCUGGCGGCCGUGCGCUGCGUGCAGUACGACGGCAAGGUGGUCGUGUCCGGCGCCUAUGACUACUUCGUCAAGGUGUGGAACCCCGACACCGGCGAGUGCCUGCACACGCUAGCGGGACACACCAACCGCGUCUACAGUCUACAGUUUGACGGCGUGCACGUGGUGAGCGGGUCGCUAGACACGUCGAUCCGCGUGUGGGACGUGGAGUCGGGCCAGCUGAAGCACACGCUGACGGGCCACCAGUCGCUCACCUCCGGCAUGGAGCUGCACUCCAACAUACUCGUCUCCGGCAACGCGGACUCCACCGUCAAGGUGUGGGACAUCACCACCGGCCACUGCCUUCACACGCUCUCAGGUCCUAACAAACACCAAUCGGCGGUGACGUGCCUGCAGUCGAGCAACCGGUUCGUGAUAACGUCGUCGGACGACGGCACGGUGAAGCUGUGGGACGUGCGCACCGGCGAGUUCAUCCGCAACCUCGUGGAGCUCAGCUCGGGCGGCUCCGGCGGCGUGGUGUGGCGCAUCCGCGCCUCCGCCACCAAGCUCAUCUGCGCCGUGGGCUCGCGUAACGGCACCGAAGAGACUAAACUGCUCGUCCUCGACUUUGACGUGCCCGGCGCUUGUCGCAAGUGCGACGAAUAGCAUCGACUCAACCGACGCUUGAUGCGUCGCUACGUCAACCUGUACGCGCCGUGGAACUUCUAAACGCGUCGUCUGUGUCACCCUGUUUUGUCCGUGCAUGGGACGGCGAAAGCGACUCGUGUUAUGCGGGUGGUUAUUCAUGCUUACAAUUUUAACCGUCGCCACACUCGCCACGAAACAACCAUCAUUCCUAUAAUAAUAAAUAAAUAACGCCAGGCAAUCAUACACAAAUGGACUAGGUCCCGAAUCAUGACCUAGAGAUAUAGUAUAAGAAAUUAAUGACACAAUAUACGUACAAGUUGCAUUUAUUCCUCGAGUAAUUAUUAAUUUGUUUAUUGUUAUAUAGUUUCCUCCGUAUGCAAUUAUGUUAGUUUAAAAUCAAUCAUGCACUAAAGUGAUUUAAACUUAUAAUUUGAAAUAAUGUAUAUUUACAAAAACACUUGUAUUUUGAAUAUUUGUCAUGGGUUUAGAGAGGCAUAAGUUUAGAUUUCACGUUUUGGCCGAUCCAUGCAUGUGUACAAACAACACUUAAGAUGUCAUCACUGUCAAAUUAACAGGCCUGUGAUGUGUUCUCGUUGUAUCUGUGGAGUGUGGACGAUGCACCGUUUUAUACAAAGCUACCCACCGGCCGGCUCUGCGUGCGAGUCUCAGUAGUCUAGCGCGGACGGGUCGCCUGUUCGCGGAACUCAAGUAUCCAUGUACUCAACUGGUAAACUAAUUCAACAUUAUUACAUUAUGUAACAAGUAUAGUCCUUAAUAUUAAUCAUUAAAUUUGUUCACUCGAUCAACAUGAUGGCUUAAUGCCAUCAUUAUUGCCAAAUUUCAAAUGUAUGCUUCAUUAUCCCAAAGAAUUAUAAAAGCAUUGGGUAGGUAUUAAGUUAAUUACUAUGCAUAAUUAAAAAUAUUUGACGACGGUUCUGUUACAAAUACUGCUCUAUAGUACCGCCUCGUUUAACAAUUUUUGGUUUUAGUUAGCAUUGAACUGUUACAAGAUUUUUUUUUAUAAGUUCACUAUUCUGCGCGUUGUAGGUAAUUUAUUGGAAUGCCAGUCUUAUUAUGCCCUGUGGAUUAACGCAGUGUCCAUGCCACUACACUUUUCAGAAGUGGUAGGGUGAAUAUUUUAUGUUAGUGUUUUAUUUUUUGACAAAUAUAUUUGAAAAAACUUUUUCAUUUCUAAGCGACUACUACUGUAACAACAUUAUUUCUAAUUACGUCUUCUAUAAUGACACCAUGCAUAUUAAGUUUCUUACUGACAAAACAAUGACAAUAUAAUAUGCCACAAUAAAUAAUAAAAUAGCACAGCUGUACUAUUACGAAUAUACGAAUUUCCACUGCUUGCGUUCAGUAAAAUUUAUGUGUACUUUAGCACGUUUGAAAUAUGGUUAUCAGAAAUAUUCUUUUAAUGGUUAUCAGAAAUUCACGUUGUUGUAACGACUUAAGCAUAAAUCAGAAUAAAGCGUGCUGCUUAUAUGGUAAUUUCGUUAGAUGGCGUUUAGAUAAUGCCCAUUUCUGUAGGUCCAACACAUCUUGCUUCGUCUAGCACAAUUUCCUACUCGUACAUCAAGCGCGUCUCGACAGAAAGUCGCGCGCUACAACUUGUCCUAGGCGUGCAGGUCUAAGCCGGGCCCACACAGAGACUGGCAGUGUAGACGUGCCUCGCCUGAGGAAAUGCCGUCGAGGCACGUUCGUCGUGCACGAGGAAAUUGCCUCGCGCUUAUGCUUGCUCUGUGUGGACCCGGCUAAUGUGAAAUGAUUACAUUCAAUUGUUAAUGACAUAUUAACUCACAUUUAUAGACGGGUCUAACGCGAAAUUUAUUCAAUUGUUAAUGAGUUGGGGAAUUUGAUAUACAUUGGCACAAAUGUGGUAGUAGUCGCAAGGAACUUAUCGAUCAGCAUAAUAGUAUUCGGCACGCCAGUUGUUGUAAAAUUGUAUUCUUGUUCUGUUGUAUUUACUUCUAUACUAAUACAACAGUAUUUCAUUGGUAAUCGUCCCUUAUCUAUAUUUUCGUAAUUUAUUACACCGUAGGUAAUAAAUUACUUGUCUUUUAAUAUUGACCCUUUAAUAGGUUGUUUAUGUCACUGCUACAUAAUAAAAGGCAUUAACAUACGAGUGUGGGUUUAUGUAAAGGGGCCCACUGACAAGGGGGAAUCGGCCUGUCAGUUAGAACAAAAAGUUGACAGUUCCGAACAACUGACAGGCAGAUACCAUCCGGCGGACUGUUAAUCAGUGGGCCCAUUAACGAGCUAAAAGCCAGUUUCAUAAAACAUCACACGUGUGCUGUAAUGCCUGAUUAUGUAAAGUUACAUACACUGCUUUGUCUUCACACAUAUUAUAAGCUCUCUAUGAUGUGUUCAGGUACCGCAUGUAACGACCGCCACUGCAGCAUUUAAUGACACUGUUUGCAAUAGACAUUUCAUUUCGAAUAAAAUGUCAUUAAUAGUAAUGAGGUCAAAUCAAAUUCCUUUAAUUAUCAGAGUUGUUCAAAAUUUUAAUGUAAUUAUCAAAUCGAUAUCGAUGUAGAGUUAGAAAAGACCAAGAAAAGUCUGCAACGAUUUUGAUAGCAUACGCAGUGCAAGUGUUAUUUAUACGUCAUAAUUUCAUAGAAGUUUGACAUUUAAUACAACACUUACGCGCGUGUGCUAUCAUAAUCGUUGCAGACUUAUCUUGGUCUAAAUCUAACAACAUUAUCGCAAUAAUAACAUUUUCACAGAUAAUUAAUAUGUUCUAUCAGAACAGUGAUAUUUUAUGCUGGCUGGAUUUUGCGGUUUUUGUAUGCACGAUAGAGGGUUUAUGAUACGAGUAUGUGUGUGGAUAGAGUAUCAUAUUUUCCAUCGUUGAUAUUUUAUUGCGAAUUUCUUUUGACAUGUCAUGUGUUAAAUGUUUUUUUUCUUAUUUCAAUUGACUUUGUAUGAUUGUUUAAAUUUUAGUUUGUAGCUAUAAUACGUUAAUAAUGCUAAUGCGAUGUGUUAAAUAUUAUUAUUUUCCCUUUAAUUGAUGGCCAGCAAUUUUUAUUAUUUAAAAUCCUAAACAUAGUCUGGUAAGAUAAAAUAAUAAUGUAUGUCUAAUUGUAAACUUGAUAAACAAUUCCGACUCAUAAUAAUAAUACCGAAUUAAGCUGUAAACAAUGUUGAAUAGUAUCGGUGUCAGCCGCACCGUGCACCGUGCUCCGCGGCACGGCAACCGCUGUUGCCGCCCGCUCGGCGCCCGCAGCCGUGUAUUGUUGUGUAUAUAAAUUAUAAUCAUAAAGUAAUGUGAUCAUUGGAGGGCGAAGUCAACGCCUCGGUUCUAUGAUGGCUGAUUUAAUUAAUAAUUAAACAAAGACUGAAGCAUAGGUAUAGCGUAAUAUUUAAAGUAUUAAUGUAGUUACUCCUAUGUACUACCGAUCAUCACACUGGGUAUACCUUUGUUGACUCUCGUCAUCAUUUUGUUCAAACGUGUUUCGGUUUAGUUUUGAAUAAAAAUGUAUGUAUAUUAUUAUGUUAUAUGUUGUUAAGCUUUCGCGGGGCCGUGACUCCACUUUGGUAAUUAUUGAAAAUGUCACCUAGUUAUGUCUUAGAUUUAGUUUCUUUUGCAUUCUUUCUCUGCCCAGGUACUGCGCAAUAACUUAUGUAAAAUGAAUAAAAGUGAUAUCGACGAUAAAGCGCCUGUAUAUCGCGGUGGUAGAUCUGUCUGUAGGUUUGCAUAAGUAAUCACCAUCAUCAUAUAGUCGCCGCGCGGCGGCCGCCGGUCGUACGUACACUCAUUGGUGUCGUACCUUUUACCAAAUGAGUUAACGACAUAAGAAAUGAUUCUUCUCCGCCAGAUUUCACUCGGUCCCCGGUUACUUGUGAACCCCCUUUCUUUAACAAUCAUUUCCAUCUUUAAUUUGUCUUUUGGUUACGAUGAAAACGAUUGUGUACCAUUAAUAUUUAGCUGCGUACGACGGCAAUUAACAUCGCCUUGUUGUUAUAUUUCUUUUGUCUUCACUACUUUGCUUUUAUUGUACGAUUAUUAAAUAAAUCUUAUUGUUUUCAACA